UCGUCUGAUUUGCGUAUGUGACUACUACGCGCACGAAAGGCGGAGUGUAAUUUACGACAGUUACGUCGUGUAAAAUUUCAAAAAAUGGCGAUAAAUUGCGUUCUCGAUAUCAGCUAAUAGGUAUCCAUUUUUUCCUCACAAAAUUCCAAUCGCCGGAUUCGUCAUUUUUGAAAGUUCGCGAAAGCGAAAAAAGGAAGAAAGGGCCUCCGAUUCACGUCAAAGAAUUAAUCCCGAGUGAAGUUAGUUGCAACGCGUGCCGUCGAGAUGGCGGCACAGGCGCGUACGUGCGCGUCUGAUACGCGUGCGUCAAUUGCGUGCUUGUGCGAUGUAAGCAGAGCGGCUUGUUGUGUCGUAUGUUCGAAAGCGUUUCGGCCGGACUUUUCCGCAACACCGACAAAUGAGACGCGGUGAGCGACGCGAGAUCGACAAGUGCUUUCCGAGAGCGCGAUCGAACGAUGAAUUAUCUGAACAGUAUAGCAGGCGGCACGACGACCGUCGACUCGGGUCUGCAGCUGAACAAUGUCGAGAUUCUCUACACGAAGGUGCAGAGGAUUUACGUCAAGCCGCAGCAUAAGGAGGAGCGCCAGCGGGAUCUCAGAGUCAACGUCGAGAUUCACGCUGGCAUUAGUCCGGUUUGUCGUAAGAGUUUGUGCGUUUUGCUAGCCGAUGACGAUGAUCCUUGUUUUCUCUAUUCCUUAUUCAUCACCGAAGAUGAUUUCAAAGUGCUGAAAGCGCAGCAGGGUCUUCUGGUUGAUUUUGAUAAUUUUGCCACCCAGUUGAUAUGCUUGCUGGAGCAAUGUCACAUUCCAGGAACAAGCCUGUCGAAGACUCCACCAAAGUUCCUUUUGUUGUUGGCAGAAGAAACUGGAGACUGGAACUUUAAGCUUGUGGAGACAAAUAACUUUAAGCAUCUUUGCCACUUGAGUUUAAACAUAUCACCUGCCAGUGAUUCCGAUUUGAAGACGCACAUGGCAAUGAAGAUUAAAUUCUUAAAAGAAAAUGUGUUACAACAGAAUAGAGAUGUGGUUGGUUUAGAAACUAGAUUAAACGAUCUAACAAGUAAGCUAGAAGCAAAAGUAAAAGAACUGGAGCAUUUGGAGCAAAAAUAUUUGGCUGAAAAAAGUCAGAUACAAAUUAAUUCUUCCCAACAAAUAAGUAUAGAAAAAGACAGAUUGGCUCAAGCACGCUUAGAAUGGCAACGACAGAAUGAAAAGGAGAAAAUGGAGGUUGAGCAAAGGCAUUCUGAAACUGUGAAACAAUUACACACAGAACUUGCCGAAUUACGGACGCAGAACAUAACAUUCAAGGAUAAGCAAUCCUUUUUAGAAGCUACAAAUAUAGAGCAAAUCAAGCAACUACAGAAUCUCGAGAAGGAACUUAAUAUCGCCCAACGAGAUUUGGCGCUACUCAAGAAGCAAAAUUCGAAAUUAGAUGUAGAUUAUCAUGACAAAGAUAAAGCUGUUAAUAAUUUACGUACAAAAGUAGCUGUGCUUGAACAAGAGCUUAAAGACAAAACAGUCAUCAUUAACAAGCACAUGGAAAUGCUAAAGACGGGUAAGGAACAAAAACAGCAUUUGGAGGAUCUUUUAACUGAGAAAGACAGUCAAUUGCAACGCAAACAAAAUUCCUUGAGAGGCUUGAGCGACGAAUUGGUGAAGGCCAAUGAAAUUUUAACCAAAUUACAAAAUGAACUUGCAUCAACCAAAUCUAAAUUGAAAUUAAGGACGAGCAUAGCGCUCGAACAGGAAAGAUUGUUAGACAGUAAGCAAAAAGAAGUCGGCCAAUUAGAAACUAAAAUGGAGGGUCUUGUCAGAGACACCAAAGAUGCAAAGAAUGAAGUGAGCAAUCUAAAAGAACAAAUUAAAACGUUGCAACAACAAUUGGAGGAAAAAGAAAAGACAAUAAAAAACAAUGACAAUGUAAUUAGUUGGCUGAAUCGGAGACUAGCGGACAAUCAGUCACCUUUACAAAGUGCUAUUACACCAGCUCCAGUUAUUCCAUCUACCGUUCCACUAACAUUACCCAGGACAAAUAAAUUAUUUCCUAAUCGAUAUGAAACGCGUACACCUGCGCCUAGUACGAUACAGCCUAGUACGAUAUCAGGAUUGAUGAAAAAUCCUAUCGUGCAGAAUCCGAAUAUUCAUCAAACUCGUACGUCAGCUCGAUCGAUGGGUGUCGGUGUAACGGAAAAUUCUGUAGGCUUAACGACCUUCAGUAAGAGCGGCUUGAUCACAAGCACCAGCACACCUAUGGAGCGCUUCAACGCGAUGAACAAAGCAUCGGGAAAUCCGCCGGCCUCGACUUCGGCGCCGGCUAUAAUCGAGAAUAACAAUGGCCCGACGGUGAUCUCGAAUGGCACAAAAAUGAAAACCGCGAGCGUCGGCUUGCAGGGCGGAUUGAGGCGAGCAGGUUUGUCCGAUAAACCUAUUUUACCUUCGGCAUAUUUUCCCAAGACAUUGCAUUAAAUGCAAUGUUUUUGGAGGAAAGAUGUAAAAAUUGAGGAGUUGAACUCGUAUUUCAGAAUAUUUUAAGAAUCAAAAUGUAGGAAUGACAAAGCUGCGAUAUUGCCAUUGUCAUGACAAUAUUUCAAGUUUGUCAUCUUGGUGAUAGUACAAAUAAUUGUAAGAAUAAGUAUUAUUUACACGAUUUUUUCACAAAGUAGACACUUUAGAAUAAUUUUAAUCCUACAUUGGCAUCUUUUUAUACACAAAAAUAAUAUAUUUGACUAGUGACAAUCAAACUUUAGUAUGUCAAUGUAGGAUUAAUAACAAUAUAGUGUCGUAUAUGUAUAUAUUGAUACACAACAUAAUAAUACAUGCAUACAUUCCGAUCUCGCUUACUACAACAUUAUAUGUGUAAAAUGCCAGACGAGUUCUCCAUUUUUCAUUUUAGUCAACUUUUUGAUCAAUUCAAUUUUACUUCAACAUUAUUAUUGUUAUAAAAAUUAUUAUGAAAAAUUAUCUUUAAUUUAUAAAUAUUAUUUAAGCAAAUUCGUUCAUAAUUCGAGAUUUACAUAAAAGUAUAAUAAUAUGCAAUAAUAUAUGUAUAUAUAAAUCAAGAGAGUAGCAAUUUAUAAUAUUAAAAUAAUUUUUUUUCUUGAUAAUUCUAAAUCUGAAUGUGUUUCUAACAUACUUGUAAAUUGUAGAGAUUUAAUUAUUAAAUGCCAAAUAUUGUUGCAAAGUAAACAUAAUUUUUAUGAUCGAUAAAUAUGAAACAGUUAUUUUAAGAUUAACAUGACACAAUUCCUUUAUUAAUCACGGUCACGAUCUAAUUACCAUCCAACUGAUUGGAAAUAAUGAAUUUUCAGAUAAUUAUUAGAUUUGUAAUUAUUUUUAUAUUUAAAGCAUAUUACUUACAUUCUAAUAGGUACCUGGAAAAUAAUUUUAACUUUGUAGAUUUUACAUGAUAGUAGAUUUAUAUGAUAGUUGUAUAAAUAUCUUUAUAUACAUAUAUAUAUAUAUAUAUAUAUAAACGAAAAAUUGAAAAGUAGAAUAUAUAUGUAGAGCUCUCUAAUUUUACUCGACACUGUAAAAGGUCAAGUAAGGCCAUUUAAUACAAACGAAAGAAUGUGCCUUUAUGUUGUAAAAUAGAUUAGAAAAUUUUAUUUUAUUAUA